AUGGAGGGCCUCAUCCAAAUGCUGCCACCGUUCUUGCGACAAUUCAGCACUCAUCACGAUUUUUCUGGACAAAAAUCGGCUGAAAGGGCUUUCCAGGUUAUUCUCGUGAUCUCGGGUAUUAUUGGCUUUUUCAUUGGAUAUUCGACGCAACAACUCUCGCAUGCGGUUUACGCUGUUCUUGCCGGUGGAGUUAUCGCAUCAAUCGUCACCCUUCCACCUUGGCCAUGUUUUCGACGACAACCAUUACAGUGGCAACAAAACAUCGAUCAUUCAAAAGAUGGAACUGCUGAAGAAACAAAGGAAACUAAAAAGACAAAA